GCCCGCCCCCCUCUCUAGGCGUCCGCAUUUAAUGGAGCGAGAGCUCUGGCGGCGGCGGGCUCUCCCUUGGCCCAGAGCAGCAGAGGAGCUAAGCCAGCAUGUCCGGGACCCGAGCCUCCAACGACCGGCCCCCCGGCACAGGCGGAGUCAAGAGGGGGCGGCUGCAGCAGGAGGCAGCGGCGACAGGCUCCCGCGUGACCGUGGUGCUGGGCGCGCAGUGGGGGGACGAGGGCAAAGGCAAGGUGGUGGACCUGCUGGCCACGGACGCCGACAUCGUCAGUCGCUGCCAGGGGGGCAACAAUGCUGGGCACACAGUAGUGGUGGACGGCAAGGAGUAUGACUUUCACCUGCUGCCCAGCGGCAUUAUCAACACCAAGGCCGUGUCAUUCAUUGGCAAUGGUGUGGUCAUCCACUUGCCGGGCUUGUUUGAAGAGGCAGAGAAGAACGAGAAGAAAGGGCUGAAGGACUGGGAGAAGCGGCUCAUCAUCUCUGACCGGGCUCACCUUGUGUUCGACUUCCACCAGGCAGUGGACGGGCUACAGGAAGUACAACGCCAAGCACAAGAGGGGAAGAAUAUCGGCACCACCAAGAAGGGAAUCGGACCAACUUACUCCUCCAAAGCUGCCCGGACAGGCCUCCGCAUCUGUGACCUCCUGUCAGAUUUUGACGAGUUUUCUGCCAGAUUCAAGAUCCUGGCCCACCAGCACCAGUCCAUGUUCCCCAACCUGGAAAUUGAUGUGGAAGGUCAACUCAAAAGGCUCAAGGGUUUUGCUGAGCGGAUCAGGCCCAUGGUUCGAGAUGGUGUCUACUUCAUGUACGAGGCUCUCCAUGGCCCUCCCAAGAAGAUCCUGGUGGAAGGUGCCAACGCCGCCCUGCUUGACAUAGAUUUCGGGACCUACCCCUUUGUGACGUCUUCCAACUGCACUGUGGGUGGUGUGUGCACCGGCCUGGGCAUCCCGCCCCAGAACAUAGGUGAUGUGUACGGAGUAGUAAAGGCCUACACCACCCGUGUGGGCAUUGGGGCCUUCCCCACAGAGCAGAUCAAUGAAAUUGGAGAUCUGCUGCAGAACCGUGGCCAUGAGUGGGGGGUCACCACAGGCAGGAAGAGGCGCUGCGGCUGGCUGGACCUGAUGAUCCUCCGAUAUGCUCACAUGGUCAAUGGCUUCACUGCGCUGGCAUUGACCAAGCUGGACAUCCUGGAUGUCCUGAGCGAGAUUAAAGUUGGCAUCUCCUACAAGCUCAACGGGAAGAGGAUUCCCUAUUUCCCUGCUAACCAGGAGAUACUGCAGAAGGUGGAGGUGGAGUAUGAAACACUGCCUGGGUGGAAAGCGGACACCACGGGGGCCAGGAAGUGGGAGGACCUGCCCCCGCAGGCCCAGAGCUAUGUGCGCUUCGUGGAGAAUCACCUGGGUGUUGCAGUCAAAUGGGUCGGCGUUGGAAAGUCCAGAGAGUCCAUGAUCCAGCUGUUUUAGAUGGCAAGCAGAAGCUGGCAGGCCACACUGCACUUCCCACCACGAGGGACAGCCGCAGCCAAGACCCUCAGCAGUACCACCGACACCGUCAACCAAACAAUCAGAAGCUAUUUUCCAUACUUUUAUUUUUCUAUGUAUGUUUUCAGCUUGGCCCACUGAAUUCUACAACAGUUUUAAAUGUGUGAAAUCAACACUGUGUACAUUUUUUUAAAAUCUGCUUUUAAAAUGAGCCUAAGUGCUCGUAACAGAGGCCUUCAAUGACUGAUUGUCACACGGUAUGUGUUCUUGGAGCCAUGUCAUAAUAAACAUAGCCAGGGGUCACUGAGCCACCGAGAGGUCACUACACCCGUUCUGACUUCA